UAAGGGUUUGAUAGGCCACUCUUUUGAGCCACGGAGUAGAGAGAGAAAUUGAAAGUGAGACAAGAUGCCGGCUGGUCACGGUCUGAGAUCGAGAACCAGAGAUCUGUUCGCCAGAGGCUUCCGCAAGAAGGGUACCAUUCAUCUUACGACCUACCUGAGGACUUACCAUGUUGGGGACUAUGUUGAUGUCAAGGUGAACGGCGCCAUCCAUAAGGGAAUGCCACAUAAGUUCUACCAUGGUCGUACUGGCCGCGUCUGGAAUGUUACCAAGCGCGCCAUCGGCAUUGAAAUCAACAAGCAGGUUGGUAACAGGAUAAUCAAAAAAAGGAUUCAUGCUCGCAUAGAACAUGUUCAACCUUCCAGAUGCAAUGAAGAUUUCAAGUUGAGGACCAAAAAGAAUGACCAACUGAAAGCUGAAGCAAAAGCAAGAGGUGAAGUCAUAAGCACAAAAAGACAACCACAAGGUCCCAAACCAGGUUUCAUGGUCGAGGGUGCUACCUUAGAGACUGUCACUCCCAUCCCGUAUGAUGUUGUCAAUGAUCUCAAGGGUGGCUACUAGGUUUGUUGUUUCUUGUUUGUUUUUGUUUUGUUUUGGUUAAUAACAAGUAACAUAUUUCAAGACCUUGGUGAUUUGUAGUUUUCUUCAUUUUUUCUUUUCAUAAAUGCAAAUUUUGUUUAAAUUAGAGAUAAGAUUGCUGUAAGUGUUUAAUUGAUAUGUUGAAAUUAAAUGGUAUUAAUCCAUUCUUGAA